AGCAGGCUGAGAAGGCAGAGGGGCCUUCGGAGGGCUUCACAAUGGAGGGGCAGGACCUGCAGCUCCUGAUUUCAACCAUGGACCCCGAGCCCGAAUCGGUUUUGUGUUUCGUGCGCUUGCAAACCGCAACGGGGGUUGUGCUCAUAUACUACAGAAGGGGAGGAACCGGUGCCAGCGCCAGCCCAAGCCUGCCGGAGCCAGCCGCAAUGGCCACACUCACCCAGGAGCUGGGCACCGCUUUCUUCCAGAAGCAGCAGCUGCCGGCCUCCAUGGCCGACACCUUCCUGGACCACCUGUGCCUGCUGGACAUCGACUCGGAGCCCAUCGCUGCCCGCAGCACCGGCAUCGUCUGCACCAUCGGUCCUGCUUCCCGCUCCGUAGAAAUGCUACGUGAGAUGAUCAAGGCCGGGAUGAAUAUUGCACGCCUCAACUUCUCGCACGGCUCUCACGAGUACCACGCAGGUUCCAUUGAGAAUAUCCGGGCAGCGACCGAGAGCUUUGCCUCCAAUCCUCUCUUCUACCGACCGGUGGCUAUUGCACUGGACACCAAAGGCCCCGAAAUCCGCACGGGCAUAAUCAAAGGGGGUGAAAACAAGGAAGUGGAACUGGUGAAAGGAUCACAGUUGGUUGUCACCACGGACCCAGCUUUCCAGGAGCUCUGUGACCAGCACACCAUCUGGUUGGAUUAUGCCAACUUGCCGAAAGUGGUCAAAGUUGGUGGAAGGAUCUUCGUUGACGACGGACUCAUCUCUUUACUAGUCAAAGAGAUCCGCAAGGAUGGCUGCGUGGUGCAGGUCGAGAACGGCGGGAUUCUGUGCAGCCGCAAGGGGGUCAACCUCCCCGGGGCCGAGGUGGACCUGCCAGCCGUCUCAAAGCGGGACAUCCAGGACCUGCAGUUCGGCCUGGAGCAGGGCGUCGACAUCGUCUUCGCCUCUUUCAUCCGCAAGGCCAGCGAUGUGGCUGCGGUGCGCCAGGUGCUGGGGGAGCGUGGCCGCAAUAUCAAGAUCAUCAGCAAGAUCGAGAAUCACGAGGGGGUCCAGAAGUUUGACGAGAUCCUGGAGGCCAGCGACGGCAUCAUGGUGGCCCGUGGCGACCUGGGCAUUGAGAUCCCUGGUGAGAAGGUUUUCCUGGCGCAGAAGAUGAUGAUUGGCCGGUGCAACCGUGCUGGGAAGCCCGUUAUAUGUGCCACUCAGAUGUUGGAGAGCAUGGUCAAGAAGCCACGGCCCACGAGGGCAGAGACCAGUGACGUGGCCAACGCCGUGCUGGAUGGGGCCGACUGCAUCAUGCUAUCUGGGGAGACAGCCAAGGGGGCCUACCCUGUGGAGGCCGUGAGGAUGCAGCACGCGGUGGCCCGAGAAGCGGAGGCCGCCAUGUUUCACCAGCAGCUUUUUCAAGAGCUGCGCCGCCUGACCCCGCUGAGCCAAGACCCCACAGAGGUGACGGCCAUUGGCGCUGUGGAGGCCUCAUUUAAAUGUUGCGCCGCUGCCAUUAUUGUGCUGACGACAUCUGGCAGGUCUGCCCAGCUGCUCUCCCGCUACCGGCCCCGCGCCCUCAUCAUCGCCGUGACCCGCAAUGAGCAGGUGGCCCGACAGGCACAUCUCUGCCGCGGCGUCUUCCCAGUCCUAUGGCGUGACGCUGCCCUGGAAAUGUGGGCAGAUGAUGUGGACCGGCGGGUGCAGUUUGGCAUCGAGAUAGGCCGGGUGCGAGGGUUCCUACGGUCCGAGGACGUGGUCAUCGUGGUGACCGGCUGGAGACCUGGAGCGGGUUUUACUAACAUCAUGAGGGUGCAGCAAGUCCCAUGAAGGCUACGACUAUAGAGAGAAAUGCCGUUUGCGCCUUACCCUCCAGCGUUUACAGAUGCAAACAGGGCGUUGCUUGGAACACCCCAGUUGUUAUAGCAGAGAUCGCAGCUCCAUAUUUCCAUUCCGCUCCACCCCUUAUUACAGAUGCCUGAAGACUUGUCUUCUGCCCGCUGAAUGUAUGGUGUACCUGUUUCUUCUGCAAUAGCCUAUUCUCCGCUGAUCUAAAAGCCAAGCAAGUGUAUGGUCUUUGAGUUAAAGAUGUGCUAAGGGGGGGAAAACUCAAAGUGCUGCGAUCUAUGAUUAAACAGUUCAAAAUCUA